AUCGGAGUAGGAUAAACAAAAAACAUACCAAGUAAAUUUAUUUUUUUGCGGAAAACGGGAAUCUCCCCUUAACAAAAUGUGACCCAUUUUAAAAGUUAAAUCUGGUCUCUCCGAAAGUCGUCAAUAUGAUUUUACUCUAUUCCAAAGAGUAGUAACACACUCGCAGGCCAUUUGCUGAAGGUUCCGAUCGUUAAUCCACAGGAAAGAUGUCUUGGAACGCACAUUGUUAUUCGGCACACUAGAGACAGGUUCUACAUCGAUAUUGCUGGAGUUCGAGCGGAGCUAAAUUAUUCCCUUAAAGAUGGUGUAAUGACAAUCCAUAGCACCAAAGUUCCAAAGGAGUUGGGAGGACAAGGCAUCGGAAAGCUGUUGGCGAAGGCGGCGCUGGACUACGCCUUAUUGAAUGGACAAUUUAUUGUUAUCAAGUGCCGAUUUGUUCAGCACUAUAUUGACAAAUAUGAACCACAAUACGCGAACUACAUACUGGACAAAUAAAUAGUUUAUUUCGACUUUAUGCAAAUUUACAAAAUAAAAAUGAAAACAAUAGAUUCGCAA